GUAUGUGCGUGCGCUCCGGCGUUUCCUGCUAAAAUAUACGCGACACAACGCCAUAUUAACGUGAAUCGUCGACACGGGAGGAGGUGGUGCACGUUCGGUCGUCGCGUUUACACGGUACGAAGCGUGCUUUUGGAAAAAUAUCAGUGAUGAGCGACAUUGAAAGGAGCGACAGUCGCAGUGCGAGUCCCCGGAGACCCAGGACCGCGGAUGGUGGCUUGAGGGACUCGCGGUCGCACUCGAGAUCGCGUAAGUCACGUGAACGCAAGGACUCGCAUCGGGAGGCGAAAUACUCGAGGUCGCGCAGUCGCUCGGUGUCGCGCGGUCGGAAGUCGUAUCGCGGCAGCAAAUACGCCAGUGUUGGCCACCGCGGUAGUAGUCGCAGCCGUAGCCGCUCGCCGUAUCGCGGCGGUCGUUACUCCCGCAGUAAAUCCCGCUCGUACUCGCGUUCGCGGUACUCCCGUGAGCGGCACGUGUACAGGUCCCACUCGCGCAGUCCCAUGUCGUCCAGGCGGCGUCACGUCGGCAAUCGCGACAACCCCUGCCCCUCCCGGUGUCUAGGUGUGUUUGGACUAUCGAUUUUCACGACCGAGCAGCAAAUACAUCACAUAUUCUCCAAGUACGGCCCCGUCGAGCGAGUACAAGUCGUCAUCGACGCUAAGACUGGAAGAUCGCGGGGAUUUUGUUUUGUAUACUUCGAAUCGUCAGAGGACUCGAAAGUGGCGAAAGAACAGUGCACCGGCAUGGCGAUCGACGGCAGGAGGAUCAGGGUAGAUUUCUCUAUAACGCAGCGCGCUCACACUCCUACCCCCGGAAUAUACAUGGGCAAGCCUACACACCUGCACGACAGAGGGUGGGACGGACCUAGACGCAGGGAAAUCAGCUACAGGGGAAGCUACCGCCGCUCGCCCAGUCCGUACUACAGCCGCCGGCGUUCUCGCUACGAUCGUUCUAGAUCACGCUCCUACUCGCCACGUCGGUAUUAAGUGACGCGAGUGUGAUGCGAGAGAUGCCAGGUGUUUUGGGAGACCGCUAAUAAGACUCUUUGACCCCAAAAAUUUCGUCUAACAAAGGGUCACACAGAAAACAACAAUUUAUUAUUAACUAUUCUUACCUUACCUGAUUAUAGUUCUUCAUUGUACGCGACUCAUUUAUAACGCAUUUAUGUUAUAAUGAUGAUGAUUUCCGUGACACCUAUAUAGUUAGUGGAAAAAAACGAGAAAAAAAAUUGAAUUUCCGCAUUUUAUGAAUAAUAAAGUGCAGGAUAACAUGAGUAACGUAAUGUAAACCGUUUGCACGAAAGCAGUAAGGUUAGAAUAGAGACAAAACCUUAUUUUCAUAAGUUUAUAUCGCUUCCCAUUAAUGUUUAUGAAGAUAAGGUUUACAUUAUGUAAAAAUACAUGGCUAUAAUGUGAAGGCUGGAAUACGAUUGAAUAUUCAGUGUUUGGUCAAUUGCUAAUUAUAUUACAGUUGUAUUCCAGCUUUUGAACAGAAUUUGAAUAAAAACGAAGGAUGGAAAUGUUUCAAAAAAAAAAAGAAAAGAUUAAUACGAAAAAUCAAGAGAUAUCGAUACGAAAAAAUAAAAACACAAAAAUAAGAAAAUAAUAACCAAUCUAUCUAGAGUAAAAAUAAGUUCUCUAACUUGUUUGUUUGUUUAUAAGGUUUUGAAUCAAGAGGUAUUGGAUGAUUGAGGGAAGUUUGAAGUUUCACUGUGAAAAAAUGAGUUUUGAAAAGUCGAAGACAAGAUAUCCGAAGACACGUUUAUCUUGCUCGCAUUAUCAAGAAUCGGAAGGUUUUCUCGGUUGCUUGUGACAAAGAAUAUGAUCUGCAAUUCAUUUCCGGCUGAGAAGUCUCAAGCCUAGAAGAACUUCAAGUCAGCUCAGUAAGUCAUGCAAGCCCGAAGACAAGUCAGAGUCGAGUUCAGAACUUCAAGUCAGACCCCCGACCGGGACGAGUCGUUUGGUUGGGGGUUGAAACUGGAACCGAAAGUGUUUCCGAAAAUGUUCAAGAAGCAUCGAAAAUCUUUCGUAAAAUAGGGACGCGCGAGCGUAAGGGUGCUCCCAAGAACCUUUUUACCGAUCAUAUUCUUUAUCAGUUGAUUUGGUUGCCGCACGCGCCACCAUUCGCUUUAUAGAGAGGCGCAUAUAUAUAUUUGCUUACAUAUAUAUGUGCAAGAUCCGUAUACGUGAAAAAUAAAUAAAAGUUUGUGUGUACCUUCUUCUACACCCAUCCUCUCCCUCCACCAUCCUGAGACCUCUGUUUCCUCCAAGAAAAAAAGCCUCAUUCUGUUAUUAAUUUUAUCUUCUUCUAUAGCAAUUAAUCGAACUUUAUCGUAACAUUUCAUCAAUAAAUGUUGUUUCUUAUCACGA